AUGGGACAGCUUCCCAGCACAAGAGUAAAUCCAGAACGAGCCUUUGCUGUAACAGGUGUCGAUUUUUGUGGACCAAUAAUGGUGCGGUCUGGGUUUGGAAGAAAUACUAAAAAGGAAAAGGCUUAUGUUGCACUAUUCGUUUGUUUUACAUCUAAAGCAAUUCAUUUAGAAUUAGUUAGUGGUUUAUCUUCAGAAAAAUUUGUUGCUGCACUUCGAAGAUUUAUAUCUAGAAGAGGAAUUUGCCGAGAAAUACACAUUGAUAAUGCAACUAAUUUUAAAGGAGCGAAACGAGAACUGCAGGAUCUAUUUUUAGCAAGUCAGAGAAGUAGAAGUCCAUAUGACGAAAUGGCAGAGAUUGGCGUUCAAUGGAAGUUCAUUCCACCUAGAGCACCCAAUUUCGGAGGACUAUGGGAAGCAGCAGUAAAAUCAACAAAAUAUCAUUUGAAACGGGUAAUUGGAUUAACCACUCUAAUGUUUGAAGAAAUGACGACAUUACUUACUCAGAUCGAAGCUUGUCUAAAUUCACGGCCAAUCACGGAACUUUCUAAUGAUCCAAAUGAUUACAACGCACUUACACCAGCACAUUUUUUAAUAGGAGAAUCACUGUUGUUACCACCAGAGCCAAGCAUUUCUCAAACAUGUCCCACACGACGCUCUACAAACAUAUACAAUUCAUGA